AUGAAAAUCCCCGGAACAGUACCCCUGGUCGAAUCAACAGAAAUUAUACUCUCUCCUACCCCUUCGAGUGACCCCGAUGAUCCUCUCAACUGGUCUCCCCGACGCAAACUAUUGUCCAUGUUCUGCAUGGUCUUGUAUUGUGUCGCCUUCUGUGUUCCUUCAGCCUCCAUCUUCUCGGUCUUCAUUCCCAUCUCUCAGAACACAGGUCUUCCUCUGGCCACUUUGAACCAGGGAACCGGCUACAUGUUUCUACUCUUUGGACUGGGAUGUAUCAUUGUCCAUCCGCUCAGCGUCAAGUAUGGAAAGCGGCCUGUCUACCUGAUUUCUGUACUAGGCACGGCUUUGAUUCAGCUUUGGGGUCCGAAAAUCAACUCUUCCGGAACCUGGAUUGGAUCAAAAGUUAUUCAGGGACUUUUGGGGGCCUCUGUGGAGUCUCUUUGCGAAGUCACUGUGUCCGACCUUUGGUUUGAGCACGAGCGAGGACGAUGGAUAGGUGUCUAUGGCUUUGCGUUGAUGUUUGCGUCAAAUAUCGCCCCUGUUUUUGCCGGAUUCAUCACCCAGAGUAUGGGCUGGAGAUGGGUUCUCUACUGGGGCUCGAUUUUCGAUGCCGUUUGUUUCCUUUUCCUAUUUCUGUUCUUUGAAGAGACCAACUUCAGACGACAGGGGGAGCAGAGCCUGCAGGCAGAUUCUGAGCUCGAGAACGAGACAGAAGCAGGCGAGAAAAAGAAACAAGUUCAAUUCAUUACAGAUGUCGAAGUCGGUCAACUGUUUGAAAAGAAAUCCUUCCUUUCCAAACUGUCCCCCUUUUCUGUUUCAAAAGAGACGAUUCUACUGCCCAUGUUGGUGCGACCCUUCACCCUGGUAAAGUACCCAGUGGUUCUCUUUUCGGGCUUCAUGUGUGGAACAGGGCUCAUUUGUUUCAAUAUUUGCAACGCAACCACCUCCUUUGUGCUCUCCAACGCUCCCUACAACUUCCCAGCCUCCAGGGUCGGUCUCUGCUACCUGUCUCCGUGUGUCAUGGUGCUCGUCUUUUCAUUCUAUGGCGGCUACAUUUCCGACAAGUUGCGGGUUCUGCUGGCCAGAAGAAACGGAGGACUGUCGGAACCCGAACAUCGACUCUGGAUUCUCUCAGCAUACCUCCUUCUGUGUCCUCCAGCUCUCGUUCUAUGGGGCGUGGGAGCCUCCAACGGCAUUCACUGGUUCCCCAUAGUCUUUGGAAUGGGUCUAGUGAAGGGACUAGGGACGCUGACUUCCAUUUCUGCCAUCAACUAUGUGGUGGACUCCUACAGAGACAUGACCUCCGACUCAAUGGUGCUUGUCAUGCUCAUUCGCAACACCAUGUCUUUCUGUAUCUCGUACGGAAUCACUCCAUGGUUCAUGAACGAGGGCCUCACUCGAUGUUUUGCGGAGGCGGCAGGACUGGCAUUUGCCUGCUGUGCUACCAUGUUCAUUUUUGUCCGCUGGGGAAAGAAAAUGAGAGAAGUGGGCGCCGAACGGUAUUGGAGGAUGGUCGAGGAAAAGUAG